AUGAUUCCACCAGAAUAUAAUAUAACUGAUUCAUUUAUUUAUAAUGUUCCUACUGUUGAUUUUAUUACAUUUUUUAAUUUAACAACUAAUUCUGUUAUACAUUUCCUAAAACGUUUUUAUACUGUUAGACCAAAUUAUAAAAUUCCAUGGACAUUUCUUGAAGAUCUUUCUACACUUAAAAUAAGAUGGUUUGAAAUUAUUCUUGUUUUUAUUCUUGCAAUUUUUUGGACAGUUUUAAGAUAUUGGAUAACUGAUAUUAUUGUUAAACCAAAAAUUAAAUCAUUUAAUUUAAGUCCAUUAAAUUCACAUAAAUUACCUGAAAGUAUAUGGAAAUUUUUAUAUUAUUUAACUUCAUUUGGUUUUUCAUGUUAUGUAACUUUAUGGAGUGGAAGAUAUAAUUAUUUUUAUCAACCUAUUUCAUUAUGGGAUGGUUGGCAAAAUAUGGAGGGACAAAAAAUAUUUUGGGAUGUAUAUUUUAUUUAUUUUACUCAAUGUUCAUAUUAUUUACAUUCUAUUUAUGCAACAAUAUAUAUGGAUAUAUGGAGAAAAGAUUCACUUCUUAUGAUUGUUCAUCAUUUUGUAGCAUUAACAUUAAUUACAUUAUCAUAUGGUUCUGGACAUUUAUUAGAAGGAGCAUUUGUUUUAUUUUUACAUGAUAAUACUGAUCUCCUUCUUGAAAUAACAAAAAUAUGUUUUUAUCUAAAAAAAAGAGAAAAUGGUGAUUAUUAUCCAAUUCUUCAUUUUAUGGGUAACCUAGCAUUUGUUAUGUUUUCAGUAUUUUGGUUUAUCUUUCGAUUAUAUUUUUAUCCAUUAAAAUUACUUUAUACAACAAUUUAUGCCGGUGUUUACCUUGGACCACAAGAUUCACCAUUUUUUCCAAUUCUUGGUACAAUGUUAGUUGUUGUACUUUUUAUGAAUAUAUAUUGGUUUAACUUUAUUAUAAGAAUGGUAAUUAGAGUUUGUAAAACUGGUGAAGAACCUGAAGAUAACAGAGAAUUUGACACAGCUUCAGUUAUUGGUGUUUCUAGAAAAGAAUUAGAAAUGAUGGUGAAAGAAGGAAAAUUCAAUCAAAAUGGAAAGGUUAAAGUAAACUAA